GUUCCUUAGUCAUAACUUAAUUUGUCUAGUAAUUAUCUUGCGUUAACAAAUCAUUGCAUAUCUCUGGAUAAAUCGGCUUCUUUUCCGUAAAAUGGCUGUCUUUCAUGAUGAAGUGGAAAUAGAAGAUUUUACGUACGAUGAAGAGAAGGAACUCUAUCAUUAUCCUUGCCCGUGUGGAGAUCGAUUUGAGAUCACAAAGGAGAUGCUGGAAAUGGGAGAAGAUGUUGCUACGUGUCCAAGCUGUUCCUUGAUUGUUCGCGUGAUCUACGAUCCUGACAUGUUCGUCAAUAUGGAAACAUCAACGAUGCCACCACAGCAGGCUGUUGCCACCAAGAAUUGACAGCUUGUUUAUCACUGUGUUAUAUCCUUUCGAUCUAUUUAUCUGUUCAAAAUAUAAUCAUCGUUAUUAGUAACAAACGCGGGUAAAAGAUUUCUGUUGUUCUCUUAUGU